GGCCCGGGCGCGGGGGAGGCCGCCGAUCGGAGCCGGCUGCCUGCGAGCCGGCUUCCUCCGCCCCGCCAAGCCCGCACGUCCGCCGGUGAAUCAAAGAGAGGGUCCCAGGAAAUUGUGAAUGUUCAAGAAAAUUCAUCUGAAUUUUUGAUAUUCAAAGAGGAGUCAGUAUUUAUAUUCAUCUUUUAAGCUGGGAAGAUUUAUAUUUUAUUUUAAAACUCCUUGAUAUUUACAAUGAAUGGACAUAGUGAUGAAGAAAGUGUUAGAAACAGCAGUGGAGAAUCAAGCCAGUCGGAUGAUGAUUCUGGUUCAGCUUCAGGCUCUGGAUCAGGUUCGAGUUCUGGAAGCAGCAGUGAUGGAAGCAGUAGCCAGUCAGGUAGCAGUGACUCUGACUCUGCCUCUGAAUCAGGCAGUCAGUCAGAGUCUGAGUCAGACACAUCACGAGAAAACAAAGUUCAAGCAAAACCACCGAAAGUUGAUGGAACUGAGUUCUGGAAAUCUAGCCCCAGUAUUCUUGCUGUUCAGAGAUCUGCAAUGCUUAAGAAGCAGCAGCAGCAGCAGCAACAGCAACAGCAACAUCCAGCUUCAUCUAAUAGUGGAUCAGAAGAGGAUUCCUCUAGCAGUGAAGAUUCUGAUGAUUCAUCAAGUGAGGUCAAGAGGAAAAAGCAUAAAGAUGAAGAUUGGCAGAUGUCUGGGUCAGGAUCUCCAUCUCAGUCUGGUUCAGAUUCAGAAUCUGAAGAGAGAGAUAAAAGCAGUUGUGAUGAAACAGAAUCGGAUUAUGAACCCCAAAACAAAGUCAAAAGCAGAAAACCUCAGAAUCGCUCUAAGUCAAAAAAUGGAAAAAAGAUUAUUGGACAGAAAAAGAGGCAGAUUGAUUCAUCUGAUGAUGAUGAUGAUGAAGAUUAUGAUAAUGAUAAAAGAAGUUCUCGUCGCCAAGCAACUGUCAAUGUUAGCUAUAAGGAAGAUGAAGAAAUGAAAACAGAUUCUGAUGAUCUACUGGAAGUGUGUGGAGAGGAUGUUCCUCAACCUGAGGAAGAAGAAUUUGAAACAAUAGAAAAGUUUAUGGAUUGUCGGAUUGGGAGAAAAGGAGCUACUGGUGCUACUACCACCAUCUAUGCAGUUGAAGCAGAUGGUGACCCAAAUGCAGGAUUUGAAAAAAAUAAGGAACCAGGAGAAAUCCAGUAUUUAAUUAAAUGGAAAGGAUGGUCGCAUAUCCACAACACCUGGGAGACAGAAGAAACCCUUAAGCAACAGAAUGUUAGAGGAAUGAAAAAAUUGGAUAAUUAUAAGAAAAAAGAUCAAGAAACAAAAAGAUGGUUGAAAAAUGCUUCACCAGAAGAUGUGGAAUAUUAUAAUUGCCAACAAGAGCUUACAGAUGAUCUACAUAAGCAGUAUCAAAUAGUGGAACGUAUAAUUGCUCAUUCCAAUCAAAAGUCAGCAGCUGGUUAUCCUGAUUAUUAUUGCAAAUGGCAGGGGCUUCCAUACUCAGAGUGCAGCUGGGAAGAUGGAGCUCUCAUUUCUAAAAAGUUUCAAGCAUGCAUUGACGAGUAUUUUAGUAGGAACCAAUCAAAAACUACUCCCUUUAAAGACUGCAAAGUAUUAAAGCAGAGACCAAGGUUUGUAGCCUUGAAGAAGCAACCAUCCUAUAUUGGAGGACAUGAGGGUUUGGAAUUGAGAGAUUAUCAACUGAAUGGUUUAAAUUGGCUUGCUCACUCAUGGUGCAAAGGAAACAGUUGCAUACUUGCUGAUGAAAUGGGCCUUGGAAAAACAAUACAGACGAUCUCAUUUUUGAACUAUUUGUUUCAUGAACAUCAGUUAUAUGGACCUUUUCUGUUAGUAGUACCACUUUCUACUCUCACAUCCUGGCAAAGGGAGAUUCAGACAUGGGCUUCUCAAAUGAAUGCUGUGGUUUAUUUAGGUGAUAUUAACAGCAGAAACAUGAUACGAACACAUGAGUGGAUGCAUCCCCAGACCAAACGGUUAAAAUUUAAUAUACUUUUAACAACUUAUGAAAUUUUAUUGAAGGAUAAGGCAUUCCUUGGUGGUUUGAAUUGGGCAUUCAUAGGUGUUGAUGAAGCACAUAGAUUAAAAAAUGAUGACUCCCUUCUUUAUAAAACUUUAAUAGAUUUUAAAUCGAAUCACCGUCUGCUUAUUACUGGAACUCCUCUACAAAACUCCCUCAAAGAGCUGUGGUCAUUACUACAUUUCAUUAUGCCAGAAAAGUUUUCUUCCUGGGAAGAUUUUGAAGAAGAACAUGGGAAAGGGAGAGAGUAUGGUUAUGCAAGCCUCCACAAAGAACUGGAGCCAUUUCUGUUACGCCGAGUUAAGAAAGAUGUAGAAAAAUCUCUUCCUGCCAAGGUUGAGCAGAUUUUAAGAAUGGAAAUGAGUGCUUUACAGAAACAAUAUUACAAAUGGAUUUUAACUAGGAACUACAAAGCCCUCAGCAAAGGUUCCAAGGGCAGUACCUCAGGCUUUUUGAACAUUAUGAUGGAGCUAAAGAAAUGUUGUAACCAUUGCUACCUCAUUAAACCACCAGAUAAUAAUGAAUUCUAUAAUAAACAGGAGGCCUUACAACACUUAAUUCGUAGUAGCGGAAAAUUGAUUCUUCUUGACAAGCUGUUAAUUCGCCUAAGAGAACGAGGCAAUCGCGUUCUCAUUUUUUCUCAAAUGGUGCGGAUGUUAGAUAUACUUGCAGAAUAUUUAAAAUAUCGCCAAUUCCCCUUUCAAAGAUUAGAUGGAUCAAUAAAAGGGGAGCUGAGGAAACAAGCUCUAGAUCAUUUUAAUGCUGAGGGAUCAGAGGAUUUCUGCUUUUUGCUUUCUACAAGAGCUGGUGGUUUAGGAAUUAAUUUAGCCUCUGCCGACACUGUGGUUAUAUUUGAUUCUGACUGGAAUCCACAAAAUGAUCUUCAGGCACAGGCAAGAGCUCAUCGAAUUGGGCAAAAAAAACAGGUGAAUAUAUAUCGUCUAGUUACCAAGGGAUCAGUUGAAGAAGAUAUUCUUGAAAGGGCCAAAAAGAAGAUGGUUUUAGAUCAUCUUGUAAUUCAAAGAAUGGACACAACUGGCAAGACUGUACUUCACACAGGUUCUGCUCCAUCAAGUUCUACUCCUUUCAAUAAAGAAGAAUUAUCAGCCAUUUUAAAGUUUGGUGCUGAGGAACUUUUUAAGGAACCUGAAGGAGAAGAACAAGAGCCCCAGGAAAUGGAUAUAGAUGAAAUCUUGAAGAGGGCUGAAACUCAUGAAAAUGAACCAGGACCUUUAACUGUAGGAGACGAAUUGCUUUCCCAGUUCAAGGUUGCCAAUUUUUCAAAUAUGGAUGAAGAUGACAUUGAAUUGGAACCUGAAAGAAAUUCAAAAAACUGGGAAGAAAUCAUUCCAGAAGAUCAAAGAAGACGGUUAGAAGAAGAAGAAAGGCAAAAGGAACUUGAAGAAAUUUAUAUGCUCCCAAGAAUGAGAAACUGUGCAAAACAGAUUAGUUUCAAUGGAAGUGAAGGGAGGCGCAGUAGAAGUAGGAGAUACUCUGGAUCUGAUAGUGAUUCAAUCUCAGAAAGGAAAAGGCCAAAGAAACGUGGAAGACCACGCACUAUCCCUCGGGAGAAUAUUAAAGGAUUUAAUGAUGCAGAAAUUAGGCGGUUUAUCAAGAGCUAUAAGAAAUUUGGUGGCCCUUUAGAAAGAUUAGAUGCAAUUGCUCGAGAUGCUGAAUUAGUUGAUAAGUCAGAAACAGACCUCAGACGAUUAGGAGAAUUGGUGCAUAAUGGCUGCAUCAAAGCUUUAAAGGAUAGUUCUUCAGGAACAGAACGAACAGGUGGGAGACUUGGAAAAGUGAAGGGGCCAACAUUCCGAAUAUCAGGAGUACAAGUGAAUGCCAAGCUGGUCAUCUCCCAUGAAGAAGAAUUAAUACCUUUGCACAAAUCUAUCCCUUCAGAUCCAGAAGAAAGAAAGCAGUAUACAAUCCCAUGCCACACGAAGGCAGCUCAUUUUGAUAUAGACUGGGGCAAAGAAGAUGAUUCCAAUUUGUUAAUUGGUAUUUAUGAAUAUGGAUAUGGAAGUUGGGAAAUGAUUAAAAUGGAUCCUGACCUCAGUCUAACACAUAAGAUUCUUCCAGAUGAUCCUGAUAAAAAACCACAAGCAAAACAGUUGCAGACACGUGCGGACUACCUCAUCAAAUUACUUAGUAGAGACCUUGCGAAAAAAGAAGCUCUGAGACUUUCUGGUGCAGGAGGUUUAAAGCGAAGAAAAAUAAGAGCUAAGAAGAAUAAAGCAAUAAAAUCUAUGAAACUGAAAGAGGAAAUAAAGAGCGAUUCCUCUCCCCUGCCUUCAGAGAAGUCUGAUGAAGAAGAUGAUAAGGAUGAGAUCACUUCUGUGAAACAUCCAAAUAAAAAAAUUAAAACAGAAAGAGACAGUGAAGAAAAACCUGAGCCAGAUGUUUGUAUAAAGAAGGAAUCAGAAGAGAAGAGGGAAGCAAAAGAAAAGGAGAAUAAAAAAGAACUUAAAAGGGAGAUAAAAGAAAAAGAGGAUAAGAAAGAUAUAAAGGAAAAAGAUUUUAAAGAAAAAAGAGAAAGCAAAGUAAAAGAAGCUAUGCAGAAAGAAAAAGACAUAAAGGAAGAAAAGCUGGGUGAAUCCAAGUCUGAAAGUAAAGAAAGAUCCAAAAAAUCUUCAGUGUCUGAUGCUCCAGUUCAUAUCACUGCAAGUGGUGAACCAGUUCCCAUAUCUGAAGAAUCUGAAGAACUUGAUCAGAAGACAUUCAGCAUUUGUAAAGAAAGAAUGAGGCCUGUCAAAGCGGCUUUGAAACAACUUGAUAGGCCUGAGAAAGGCCUUUCUGAAAGAGAACAACUGGAGCAUACUAGACAGUGUUUAAUAAAAAUUGGAGAUCAUAUUACAGAAUGUUUGAAAGAGUAUACAAAUCCUGAACAAAUAAAGCAGUGGAGAAAAAACCUAUGGAUUUUCGUAUCUAAAUUUACUGAGUUUGAUGCAAGAAAAUUGCAUAAAUUAUAUAAGCAUGCUAUUAAAAAACGCCAAGAAUCUCAGCAAAACAAUGACCAGAACAGUAACUCGAGUGCUCAUAUGAUUAGAAAUCCAGAUGUGGAAAGAUUAAAAGAAAAUACAAAUCAUGAUGAUAGCAGCAGGGAUAGUUAUUCUUCUGAUAGACAUUUAUCUCAGUAUCACGAUCAUCAUAAAGACCGUCAUCAGGGAGAUUCUUACAAAAAGAGAGAUUCCAGGAAAAGACCAUAUUCAUCAUUUAGUAAUGGUAAAGAUCAUCGUGAGUGGGAUCACUACAAGCAAGACAGCAGAUAUUACAGUGACAGAGAAAAACACAGAAAACUGGAUGAUCACAGGAGUAGAGAUCACAGGUCAAAUUUGGAAGGAAGUUUAAAAGAUCGAUCUCAUUCUGAUCAUCGAUCUCAUUCAGAUCAUCGGUUACAUUCAGAUCACCGGUCAAGUUCUGAAUAUAUACACCAUAAAUCUUCCAGGGAUUAUAGGUAUCAUUCAGAUUGGCAAAUGGACCACAGAGCUUCCAGUAGUGGCCCUAGAUCACCACUAGAUCAGAGGUCUCCUUAUGGCUCCAGAUCUCCAUUUGAACAUUCAGUUGAACACAAAAGUACACCUGAGCAUACCUGGAGCAGUCGGAAAACAUAACAAAAACUGAUGUUUUGUCUUUCUGGACUUUUCUUUUAGCCAUAUAUCAUAAACCAACACAGUAAUUGCCUUACAUGACUUGAAAGAUAUAAACAGAUCUUCUAUCAGUAGCAGUAUUGUUACUUCUUUCCAGGAUGCAAGGUCUAUUAUCCCAACAGAAGAGAAAAUAUUUUUAUAUUUAAGGAUUAUGCUGCACUGUGCUACAGAUAUUGUAGUACUUUUUUUUUUAUUUUUUAAAGAAAUGGAAAAUGUUUACUAUAACAGGGACCUCAACACUGCCCUCGAAUAUAGGCUGGAUAAAACUGUUUUUAAGUCAGUGAUUUUAGACUGACCUUCAUUUAAAUUAUGUUUGUAUAUGAACUUUACUCUGACCUGUGAUCAUGUUUCAGGAAGGAAUGAAAGAGAGUUCUUUUCUUAAUAAAGAAAAAACACUCAAGGACUUUGUUCACUUUCCAAAGCUACUUGUUUACAUUGUACACUGCGACCACCUUGCCGCUUUUCAUCACAAGCUUGAAUAUUUAAAUUCUGUACUUAUAUCUGUAAUAUAGCCAGAAAUUUCCUGUUUGUGAUCUAUUAUUAUGCCUUUUUACAAGAAAAAAAUGGCUGUAAAUUAUUGUAAAUGUAUUAAAUGAGCUUUCCUUCCCCUUCUCA